CGUCGUCAACCCGCGCCGGGCGCCAUGGAGCUGCUGGCGGAGGCCUCCCUGCGGGGCUCGGCGCUGCUCCCGGGGGGCUUCUGGGCGGCGGUGGGCGUGUGGCUGGAGAAGCCCCAGGUGGCCAACAAGCGGCUGUGCGGCGCUCGGCAGGACGGGGCUUGGCGGGCCGCUCGGCCCGGGGCAGGCGGGGAGGGGAGCCCCGGGAGGCGGGCGCUGGAGGCCGCGUGCGAGGCCUUCUGCCGCUGCUGCCGCGAGGACUUCGAAGCCCUGGGCCUCGCCGGCCCCGCCGAGGAGGAGCUGGAGGUGGUGCUCCGGACGCUCGUGCCCAAGGCCUGCCCUCCCGCGCCCGCCAGGGAGAUGGUCGUCAAAGGUGACUUCGGGGCGGGAGGAGGAGGAGGAGGAGGAGGGAUCGGGGCGGCCGUCUCGGCCCUGCCUCGCGCCGGCCGCGGCUCCCCAGAGCGAGCUCCGACCUUGGGCGGGCAGGUGGGUUGAGGAGCUUUGCUUGUAUGCCCCGCCGCGAAAUUUAGCGGUGAAUGACAGCAGAAGGCAAUCAGGUUUUCCGCCAUGGAAGGCAAAUAAUAAUAAUUUGUUAUUUAUACCCCGCUCAUCUGGCUGUGUUUCCCCAGCUACUCUGGGCAGCUUCCAACCGAAUAUUAAAAACAAUACAGCAUCAGACAUUAAAAACUUCCCAAAACAGGGCCGCCUUCAGUUGUCUUUUAAAAGUAAAAUAGUUGUUUAUUGCCUUGACAUCUGCUGAGAGGGUGUUCCACAGGGUGGGCGCCACCACCGAGAAGGCCCUCUGUCUGGUUCCCUGUAACCUCACUUCUCGCAGCGAGGGAACUGCCAAAAGGCCCUCUUUGGAGCUGGACCUCAGUGUCCGGGCUGCAUGAUGGGGGUGGAGACGCUCCUUCAGGUAUACAGGAGCCACUCUGUGCGGGGCAAACGGAGAACACUAAGGGCUUGUCCACAGUUCCACUUGGCCCUUGCAUAGAAAGCACAGGUCUGAGCAGUUUCCCGUUUGGCCCACCGCUUCCCCCAGGAAAACUUGCUCUUUGCUGCUGAAUUGGGAGCAGUCGUCCAUCCACGGAAAAUCUAGUUGACGUUUGCUCUGAUUCAGCGGUAAAAAGCGGGUUUCUUGGGGCGGGUGGAAGCAAUGUGGCAGGCAGAAGUUUGGGUGAGCCCUAGCUUUGUCCAAAGUGGCCCAAAGCAAAGAGAAAACAUUCAGAACAUCAAAAAUGAAAAGUAUUGGAUAUAUAUAUCACACACACACACACACAGAGAGAGAGAGAGAGAGAGAGAGAGAGAGAGAAAGUCAGUAAAUUCAAAAAUCAGCUAUGUGCUUGAUCUUGGUGGGCAGAGACACCUUAUUUCUACAGUGGUACCUCAGGUUACAUACGCUUCAGGUUACAGACUCCGCUAACCCAGAAAUAGUACCUCAGGUUAAGAACUUUGCUUCAGGAUGAGAACAGAAAUUGCAUGGCGGCGGCAGCGGGAGGCCCCAUUAGCUAAAGUGGUGCUUCAGGUUAAGAAUGCACCUCCGGAACGAAUUAAGUAUGUAACCAGAGUUACCACUGUAUAGGCAAUGGCUUCCUUGUGUCAGUGUGGCUCCGCUAACUAGCAGCACUGUGUAUUUCUGUGUUCAGCGCAGGUGGGAAAUUAAGCAUUGGGCCUUGCUAGGAAAGGGCUUGAGCAUCAAAUGGCAAGAGCCUCCACAGCCAUCCACAAUAGGGUGUUGGCCUGCUUACAAUGUUAUUGUAAAGGUUGCAGCAAUAUGAUGCAAUAUAGUGCUGCAAUAUGAUGCAAUAUAAUGCUGGCCUGCUUACAAUGUUAUCGUAAAGGUUGCAGCAAUAUGAUGUAUGCUACGUAAGUCUUAAACACUACUCUGUUUCUCAAAGGUAAAUAAAACCUACUGUUGUGAAAUAUUUACAGAUAUAUUUAAUGGGACCGUAACUUUUUUGCCAUUGGUACAAACCCAUGAUGGGAAAUACAAGAUCAAGAAGAGCAAUAUUUAUCAAGUUCGACUUCUGCGUACACAAGACAAUGAAUGGUGGGUGCUGAGAAGAUUUUUCACUCUUUGGAAUGUAUUUGUCAUGUGGAAUUAUUACGGUGUGUGUGGUGGCUAGGGUAUAACGUUUUUGGAAAUUUAUGAAACCAUUAAAUAAAAAUCAUGCACACCCAACUUACACAUUGAAAUAUAAGCAGUUGACUGCUUCCUGACACACCUAAACCUAUUUCACUACUUUGGUAGCAUAAAAAGCAUUUAUAACUGAGGUGGCAUACAGGCAACUCCCCAUUUAUGUGUGGGUUCAACUGCAGGUCUAUCCUCUUCUGGGGCUGAAAACAGCGUAUGUGUCAGCAGUCACGCAUCACUUAAGCACGCAGAAAAUAAUUGCCACCUGUAUAUAAUUUUUACUAUUUAGCCUAUAUAUGAAAUUUAAAAAGCAGUCCUAUCUCUGUAUGUUUACUCAGACUUACCCUGAUAUAUGGAGUGUUUCCCAGUUGUACACAUAGGACUGCAGCCUCAAAAGUAUGGAGGCCCAAAUUAAGGCAAGCAAAAUCAUGAAUACUCCCAAUCCUAGAGAAAGAGUGCUCCAAACUUCUGCACGGUGCUACAAUAAAAUUUAUUUAUACCAAAAUUGUCUCCUGCUGUCAUGGUAUUAAGGGCAGAGCACAGCAUAUUACUUGUGGAAAAUAAACACCCUUUAAUGCUAGUAUGCAAAACAGUAAUAUAGUAAGCCCACAGCUUGCAUAGGAGUUACAUUCCAAGGGUUUGCCUGCAAAGGCAAAACUUUGCAAUGUCCAGAAGACGCCCCGGAACCACCCCUGCGUUACUUCCUACAUUACUAGGUUCUGGAAAGGAUGUGUGAGGCCUCUGGAAGGCUGUGGGAGCCUCCCAUGAGAUCCAGUAAGCAAGGUGGUGGGUUUAAAAACCCUUUUUGGGCAGGAAAAUCUGGCACAGAAAAAGCUUUUUAAGUAAUCUGUCUUGCUUACCCAGCUCUGGGGAGGUCAUGCAAGAUCUAAUGAGGCCUUUUGAGAUCUCGAGAUGGCCCAUUCGGACCCGUGAUAGAAACUCAGAUAUGUAAGCUAAUCACCAAAUGGUACCUUAAACCUAAGUUAUGGUCGCCAUAACGGAACAUAUUUUUAAAAAAAUGAAAUAUAUUGCUAUUAUCAUUAUUAUUUUCAUUUCUAUCCUACUUUAUAUUUAAAAAAUAAUAAUCUCAAAGUGGUUUGCCUGCCUAAUUUAUAGAGAUGCCCCAUAGCAGAAGUCCUCUAGGAAGCCAGUGUGGUGUAGUGGUUAGAGUGUCGGACUAGGACCAGGGAGAUUGGAGUUCAAAUCCCCACUCAGUCAUAAAGCUCAUAGGGUGACCUUGGUCCAGGCACAGCCUCUUAACCUACCUCACAGGGUCAUCGUAGGGAUUAACUGAGGAAGGUGAACUGUGUACUCCUUGGAGAAAAAGGUGGGAGAUAAAUGCAGUAAAUAAGCUCCCCUUACCUGCUUAAGAAAACUGGAGGGGCCAGCCAGAAGGAGACAUCAGUUGCCAGUCUGGCAUCCAGAGAUCUCCACAUGGUCAUAAUUGGACCCUUGGCAGUUGCAAAAUGUGCCUGGCACCUGGGGAAUUUCCAGCAUUGCUUCUGACACUCUUCCCUGCUCUCCCAUUUAUUAAUUUUUCUGCCACUCAUUCAAAGCUGCAAUCGCAUAAGUAAACCAUGUGUAAGUUGCAGCUCUGCGGUACCAUAAAUACUAGCAUCUGUAACCAGAAUCUGUUUCUUCAUAAUUAAUAACUGAAUCCAAGGCUUCAUUUUUAUCUCCAUGGAUGGCAAAAAAGUUGAGUUUUGCACAAAUGGGACCCAUGUUUCCAUCACAUCUUGGUCAUAUCAUUUGGUGUGAGAAUUCUAAACAUGGGUCAGUUUAUUUCACGUGAAGGAGUCUGAAGCAUGUACAUAACAGGAGUUGGAGGCUGCAUCACACAGAUCUAAGUGUUAUAUAUCUACAGAAUACACAGAACUACAGGCGUCCCACACUUACGUGAGGGUUACGUUCCGGGGCCCCCACAUGAAUAAGCGGAAAUCGCAUAAGUAGGAAGCACCCUCUAAAAAGCCUCUAAAUGCCAUUCCCGCCCCCCACUCCCACUCUCUCUCCAGUCAACUCUCCUUUCAACUAGAGUUGAAGCUCUGGAGGCUGGGAGGACAUAUGGAAAGUGGCGGCAGCGCUGCGCUACCACCUGCGGCAGCUGCUAGACCUAAAUGAAGCCCCGCUGUGCCUCCAGUGUCUGGAGCUUUUACCAUCCCUGAAGUCCUCUUUGGGCUCCCGGGGAGCCACAAGAACGCUCCAGCUCUCUCUUGCCAUUUCCUGGUUUGAAUCUAUUUCCAGAUUCAUGCGCAAAUCAAUUGCACUUAAGUUGGACGCCUGUAUCGUUCUAUAAUGCUAUUGAUUGCAUUACCUAAAACUCUUCUUGCAACACAUUCCUUGAGAGUGUAAACCGUUAUCUUAAAAAGGAUUUCACUGAUACGAAAUUCUUUAUUGUCCUAAUUUAUCAGUUUUAUCACUGGGGGGCAAGGUGACAUUUCCUCUCCCCCCCCCCAUUGCUUUCCUCAUAGACCUCUGAAUCUCUAUUACCCAGACAGCUAACUUGGAAAAAAAUAUUUCUUCAAAGUUUAUUGAAUUUUUCCAUUAAUGUGGUUCAGUUAUGCCAAGCUUCUCUCUUUUUAAAAAUAGCCAGCCUAAAACUUAAAAUUGCAUUUAAUAGAAAUUAGGGAGGUUGGACCCAGCCAUGAUGACAUAGACCUUAGUUACGGCCAGAUUGGUUUUGUUGCAAUGUGUUUUGUAUGGGGAAGUCCAUGGAAACAUAACCUCUGGCCACCUUUUAAAUCCCUAAGUGGUUUGGGCCCAUGAUACCUAAAGGACAAUUUCUUUCUGAUACGAGUCUGACCCUUCAGGGUCUAAAGGGGCGGCUGUUCUUCACAUUCCCAGGAAAGUGAAGGCAUGAUUGCUUGGGAUGCCAGAGAUCGUAUUCUCUAUGGCUAUUCCCAAACUGGAAUUCCCUUUUCCAAGAAAUUUGGUUGACCUCCUUUCUUCCAGUCUUGUGGUCAAACAUUUUUCCAGCAGGUGUUUUGGCCUUGUCAGACUGAGUAGUUUUUAAGAGACCGGUCCUCUGUAGGUUUUGAGGUUUAUCUACUUUUCUUGCCUUUGAUCUUCAAGGUUUUAUGAUUGUAUUGAUUUGUUUAAUGGAUUUUGUGGGUGUUUCUAAAAGCAUUGUGUCUGCAGUGCGAGAGCAGGGUAUAUAUAUUUGUAUCUAAACUAAGAAAAAUAGGUGGCAUAAGUCCAGCUUGUCUUGUCUGUCACUUUUCUGCCUUGUCUUCUGAUAGGAAUGAGCACAUACAACAUUGAGUAAGGUAGGCUAAUUAGGUAGUGUGCUAGGCCCUCAAGUCAUCUCAAAACCUAUUAUCCUUUCUCUUAUUUCUUUCCUCCUUUCCUGGAAAGAAAGGUUUAGCUGACAGAGUUAAAUUCAUGCACCCAUACCAUAAACAUGCAAGAGCCAUUCCUCAAAGGCAGCUUCCUGUUUUUGAUACCUGAUCAUUCAUAGUCAGACACACACUGAGCCACAGAUGAUUUCAAGCACUUUAUUAUUGAGCAGCUCUGAUUUCCUUUUUUCUUUUUUUAAUGUUGAAGGUCUAUUUCAAUGUUUUCAUCACCUCCAGAAAACUACAUUUCAGAUGGAAUUCUGUGCCCUAAAACAUCAUGGCUUGGAAGUGAACUGCUGCCAAAACUUGCUAAAUGGUCCACAGAGACCACAAAACGUGAAUUUAAGAACACACUCUCUCUCAUUUCUGUUGCUAGAUACAGCAAAAUUUAUCAAGAUCUAAAGGAAAAGUACAAAGACAUUGUAAAGGUAAAGAGCAGAACGACCAGAUAAACUUUUUGCUGUUCAAUUUUUAAUUAAAAUGUAUGUGACAGUGUUUGUAUUUCAAAUCUGAAUGCACGCUAAAGAAACUUCAUUCGAAUCUUUCACUCCAUACCUAGAUAUUUGUAUGGUGGGGAAUGUUAGUAUUUGUAAUAUGGCACAGUGAUGAGCAAAAAGCCUUGCCUUUAGGGAUUUUCAAGACAGCUUGCCUCCAAAACAUCCCUCCCUUAAAAUGCUCCAACCUUGCCAAAGAGGCAAACUGCCAUUGCUCAAUUCCCGUCUUCUUAUUCGUACAACUGGCUCUGUGGACCUACAGUGGAAUCUAAAAAAAUGGGGCACUUUCUAGAAAGGCCCCCCAAUCUUGUGAGUUUUCUGUGGGCUGUGUAUGUGUGUAUAUUCCCUGCCCAGAAACCUAUGUCCCCACUGUGGAAGGAUCUGUGGAUCCUGAAUUGGCCUCCACAGUCACUUAGGGACACACCGUUAAGACCAUAUUCAUGGAAGACAAUCUUUCUCGGCUACAAGUGAUCGCCAGAGAGGGAUACUACUAUCUACUAUGUGUAGAUAUGUGUGGGUUUUUUGUAUGUGUGUGUACAAUUCUGAAUAUUCACAGUUAAAUGAAUCGUCAUUUUUUUCUUGUUUACCUGCAGGUAUGGCCUGAAGUAACAGAUCCAGAAAAAUUUGUAUAUGAAGAUGUUGCUAUAGCUUCAUACCUGCUGGUGCGUGGUGGUACAAAAUAUCUCUAAAAAUGGAGAUUUAUCUUUUUUAAAAAAAGAAACAGAUUUCACAUAGUGCUUGUAAAAGACAAGAUGGAAUUUUAACAAAUGGAAAUGUGAAUUUGACUUUAAAAUGCACAGCUGAUAUAAAAGUCUGAAAUAGAGACAGAAAUAAUGGUCUCAGCUUGGAAAUGCAUUUCCAAGGGAUGACUGAUAAUGAGAGAUGAUGGCUUUGGGUUUUAAAAUAUUUGAUUUAUCAUGUGUAUGUUAUAUCUAUGAAAAGGAAAAGUACAAAACUCAGUGCACAAAAAGAAGAAAAUGCAUUGACACACAAGAAGACAAAGCAGUAAGAACUAAGCAUUUGUCUUGUGUGUUUAUGCAUUUUCUUCUUUUUUUGUGCACUGAGCUGUGUUCUUUUCCUUUAAGAGCUAUUCUUAGUACAGGCAACUCCCCACUUUUGUGGGGGUUAAUGAAGUCUCUAAUCAGAGACUUACAUUUCUUAAAGAAUGUAGAUGGACAUUUCUUUAUCCUUCUUGUCAAAAUAGAAUGUAGCCACGUACCCCUGUUGCAAACACCAUUAGAAAAUCAUCUUGAUUUCUGUAAACAAGCCUUUUUAUAGUUUUCAUUAAUGCUGGUUUUGCCACCAGUGGUUUUUUAAAAAUCGGGUUUUGUCUUUUUCUUAGAUCCUUUGGGAAGAUGAGAGAGCUGAGAGAGGAUUGUCCAAGAAACAGUCUUUUGUGGAUCUUGGCUGUGGAAAUGGUCUCCUGGUUCACAUUUUAAACAACGAGGGGGUAAAUAAUUUGAAGUUGUCAACUUAUUUUAUUUCUUUAUAAAACAUUUAUAUACUGCUACCUCAUUAUUGUGAAUAACUUCAAUAUUUUUUACAAUACAAUACAAGCACACAAAAAUUUAAAACUCAAGGCUACAACUAACUAUUAUAGAAAGAUUUUGCUUCAAUGUCUGCAACAACCCAGCAGCAUAGACAAGUUUUCAGCAGGCAUUUAAAGGUUGAAACAGAAGGUGUUUGUUGUUACUCAUGCAUUCUGCUAUAUAAACUGAAAUACUACUGGGUUGCUAUAUCCCUCAGUCCUAUGCCUGCCUGCCCAGAGUAUAUUUUCUCUCACGUCUGCAAUCUCAGGACAAUGGGCAGUUGGAGCAGAAUGGUUUUCCUGGUAAGGUGGGGAAAAGCAGGUUGUCUGCAGCUGCUCCUUGGCUGGCCGAUGGUUGUGGCUCAGGUGGUAUUCUAUUUGGGAUUGAAGGCUCGCAGCCUCUAAAUGGGCCUUUGGCUGCUGGCUGAGGCCAUAGGGGACGUGGAUCUGUUUAUUUUUAAAUGUAUGUGUCUAUUUUUGUGUUAUGAUUUAUUUUAAGCUUUUGGAGACCUUUUGGCAGAAAACCAGCUCCCAGAUACGUAUAAUCACUGCUUCAGCCUCUAACAGUGAAUAGUAUUCUCGAAGGGGCUUCAAUAGGGGCAUUUCUGUUAACAGGAGACAAUGAACUGCAACAUUUUGUUGUAGGACUCACAUAAACACUGUAUAAAAACUUGUCUUAGCGCUGAUGAAGUAGAAUCAGGCAAUACAUUGGGAUGAGGGGUAAGGUAAAAAUAUGGUUUUACAAUCAGGCAUUAGUCCUGUGAGAGUCCCCUACUUUCAUUACAAUUUGUGCUCCUUUUGCUGCCCUGGACUCCUUUAGGAGGAAGCAUGGGAUAUAAAUUGAACAAAUACUAGAAGAAUUUAUGCUGAUUUCAGGAUGUAUGGUGGUAUUCUGUUCACUGUUUGUAUUGUUUUUGGAAGGAGCAUCUAAAAAGUAAGGUACCGUUUAACUGAUAAUUCACACAUGGAAUCUUUCAGCAUCCAGGCAAAGGAAUUGAUGUCAGAAGAAGAAAAAUAUGGGACAUGUACGGCCCACAGACGCACUUGGAGGUAUUGUUGAAACAUGGGCUUUCUGGAUGGAAUCUUUAUAAACUGCAUCUAACUCAGAACUGCCUUUUGCAAACAAGCUCACUUACAGUACAGUCCUGUGCAUGAUUACAAGGAAGUAACGUUUCAUUGAGUUCAGUGAGGUUUAUUCCAGGAAAAUGGAUGUAGGAUUGCAGCAGAAGGGCAAAAGACCCACAACUUUAUGUAAAGCAUAUCAAAAUGUAGCCUAGCCCAUUUUGUAAGUCUGUAUUUGUUCACAAGAUUGUGCAGAGAAAACAUUAUAUCAGCUUCUCUUCUCCACCCCCCCAAUUGAUUUUGUUGUUAACACUGGAUACUUAUAUUUCGAUCUCUCAAACGGAAUAAGAGUAGUUAACAGGAGGCAAAGAAGUCUUAGGCUGAUCAUUUGUAGGGUUUCCACAGAGACCUGAUGUUCAUAUACGUCAUAAGGACUCUUUGUAUUACCUGUAUCAUUUGUAACUGAGCUUUUGUUGUUGCAGUGUUUUAUGUUGUAAGCUCUUCUAGUUUCUUUUUAAAGAAGAGUGAGGUAGAAAAUUUGUACAAUGAAGAAGUAAAAACAAAUUAAUCCCGCAUUCACUUUAAUUUGGAUUGUUGAUUCUUUCUCUCACUGUCUCAACCUUCCCCAUCAGUGUGAGAGAGAACACCACACAGUAAUUGACCUAUACAUUAUGAGAGAAUACGUAACAUAUUAAAAUGGUUUAGGGGAAAGGUUGCAUUUUAUUUCAUUUUUAAUAGCCUUUGGAAUUCGCUAUGACCCAUUGCAUAAAAGCAUCUUGCUCAUAUUAUAAGCUGCAAUGGAUACAGAGAAAGGGGGUGUAUUAAACAAUCUUUUUGCCUCAGGUGUGAGGUGGCACUGAAGUGAAGACCCUUUGCCAAAGUGAUCAGGAAGAAAUCCAUAUUUUCUAUUUAGUAGGAAUGGAUGAUAUGAAAAACCCUAUGGGCUACAACCUAGAGUUCUCAAAAGAGAUUUUGAGUCUUAAAGGUUUACUACCAAAACUUCUGUUAGAAUUUCUUGGAAGGUAAAAUAACCUUCAGUUUUCAACUUCCCUCUUGUUUUAAAAGAAUAAGCUUAAAUACAUUUGAAUUGGUUUUUUAAAUGUGGAAAUAAGAGUAGUAUAAAUGUAGGCUUUGAAACAUAUAAGAAACGUAAGACUGCAAGGAGAUCUCCUGGGUCAGAGCAGAGGCUCCUACCCAGUCCAGUAUUGUGUUCUCACCAUGGCCUCUGAGAAGCCCAUGGGAAGCCCAGAGAGACGAGUAAAUCAAAUGGUGAAUCAUUCUCAAACUGCACAACAUCACUAACUCAAGCUAUUUUGGAAAUGUAAUCAAACUGUAAAUCUGAUGUGAAUGAUAAUGGAUUUCAGUAGUAAAACACUUCUACCAGUUUUGUUUACUUUAUGUGACAUACAGUACUGUGUAAAAGACAUUGUUUUGUUUCCUUUUAGGAAAAUACAGUUAGUCCAGACAGUCUGUAUCCAGAUGUUGACUGGCUGAUUGGAAAUCAUUCUGAUGAGCUGACACCAUGGAUACCUGUAAUUGCAGCCAGGUACCAAACCUCAGUGCUUUUAAAAACAAAGUGGACACUCUUAUCUUAGGAUGAAGAACCAGUAUGGAAUGAUAUAUCUACUAAUCGCCUUUCUGCCAUGGUACAUGGAACAAAUAAAAACAGAAUAAGGAUAGUAUAAAAAUCAACUACAGCGGUACCGCGGGUUACAUAUGCUUCUGGUUACAGACUCCGCUAACCCAGAAAUACUACCUCGGGUUAAGAACUUUGCUUCAGGAUGAGAACAGAAAUCGUGCAGCAGCGGCGCAGCGGCAGCAGGAGGCCCCAUUAGCUAAAGUGGUGCUUCAGGUUAAGAAUAGUUUCAGGUUAAGAACAGACCUCCAGAACGAAUUAAGUACUUAACCCGAGGUACCACUGUAUGUCAAAAACAACAGCACACACCACAAAAUACAGUUUUUGGGGAGAGGAUCUGAGCUGAAGUAAUGACGCCAGUGAGAAUGGCAACAAAAGCUUCAGUAAACGCAAAAGUUGCAGAAAUGAACUUUGGGUGAAAGAAACUCCUCUGAAGCCUAGGAAAGUUGGGUUUCUUUAGAACAGGCUUCCUCAACCUUGGCCCUCCAGAUGUUUUGAGACUACAAUUCCCAGCAUCCCCGACCACUGGUCCUGCUAGCUAGGGAUCAUGGGAGUUGUAGGCCAAAAACAUCUGGAGGGCCAAGGUUGAGGAAGCCUGAUUUAGAACAUAAUCCAGAGAAAAGAGCAACAGAGGUUUGAGUUUGCUUCAAGGGCCCUGAAUGCCUGAAAGGUUCCUCCACAUUUGCUGUACACCAAACACCACGAGAAUGUGGCUAUUGGUGGAGGGGGACAGCCUUGGAAGGGCAGAGAAGCAAACUGAAGCGGUUGCUAAGGGAUUGAUGUGGAACUGUCAGUGGGUGGGUUGUUUAUGGUAAUGAUCUCUGUGUGUUCUAUUAAUGUUUAAUUGUUUUAAAUGACAUUUUUAGCUAUUUCUGUUUUAUCUGUAAGCUGCCAUGAGUCCCUGCCAGAGAAAAAGACAGGAUAUAAAUUUUUAAAAAAUAUUAUUUAAAUUCUUACUUCCUCUUCACCAUAAGUUCCCAGGGCAGGUUAAACCAGUGUAAAAUGCAAUAUUUAGAUGAGCUAAAACCAUCUGAAAACAGAAGAAUAAUAGGUUGAGGUUGGUGGUGAGGGGGAGCAGAAUUUUUGGUGACGGAUAGUAGUGUGAACAGCCACCAGGGGGCAGCAGUCCAUUUAGAUAAGGUAUAUCAGCUCAAUUCAGUUUUAUUUCUGUAUUGGCUGUGGGCCAUGAAAGAAUACAACAUUCUGCUUAAAAGAAUAUCUAUAUCUUGCUGAUUAUUAUAGAAAAUGAGUCAAUAAAAAAAUAUUUAAACGAUCCCAUUAGCAGUCUACAACUGCAAGGGAAAUUGGAGCUUGAGAUAGAAUAGAAUAAAAAGCUUUUGGGAAUCUGGUGUCCUUUUAGCUGGAAGCCAAAUUCCAGGAAGUCAAGGCAGCCUUGGCUCUUCUAUAGUCCAGCUUGCCAGGAAAAUGCUCUGACCCAGGCGUCCUCAACCUCGGCCCUCCAGAUGUUUUUGGCCUACAACUCCCAUGAUCCCUAGCUAGCAGGACCAGUGGCCAGGGAUGAUGGGAAUUGUAGUCUCAAAACAUCUGGAGGGCCGAGGCUUUGAGGAAGCCUGCUCUGACCUUAGACUGCAUGGCAGAGUGAAAGGGGAAAUAGGAGAUCAGUCUGAUCUUCAUAAACCCUAAACUGUGACACUUCUGUCAAAUCCAGGGGGUGCAACAGCUUGUAGAUUUUGCAUAAGUAUUUGCAGAUGUAAUUUCAAAAGAUUUAGCACAUUUCCCUUAUUGCAGGUCUUCAUAUUCUUGCCGCUAUUUUCUGUUGCCUUGCUGCUUCUUUGAUUUCUAUGGAAAGUACAACCGAAGGCAAAGUAAGAAGACCCAGUAUAGAGAGUAUCUUGAUUUUGUUAUGGAAGUGGGAUUUGUAUGUGGCUUUCGUGUGGAAGAAGAUUGCCUUAGAAUUCCUUCAACGAAAAGGGUAACUUCUACAUGCAUUGUUGUUAAUCCAUUUUAAUUGCUUCAUAUAGCCUUGGGUUUUUAAAACAUAUCUUGCUGUAGCCUGGCUGAAUCGGUGGUCUUGAAAGUAGUGAUGGAAAGCUCUUGCUCCCCCCCUUUUUCUCCCCCCCCCCCCCGUAUUUGCACUUCUCCCAGUCAAUGUCUAAUAAUCCUGAUGGAUUAAAUUUCCCUUGAAAGUAAGGCAGGAAAGUGUUUGGUUAAGGAAGGCUGCAUGGUCAAAGAGCUAAAAACUGGCAGCAUCUUAAUAAACCUAGAUUGUAGAGCUGUAGCAGUCCUAUCAGUGCAAUACAUUUUAGCAACUGUCUCAUACAGAACAGUUGAGAGCACAGAAUCUCACUGGUUUCAAGAUGGACUUGAGUUAAAUACAGGACACUGAAAUUAUCCAGACUAAUUAGACAUUUAAAAUAUGUUAUUAAGUUGGUGUGUUUUUAAUCACUUCUUGUUUGCUGCCCUGGACUCCUUUGAGAGGUAGGGCAGGAUAUAAAUGCGGUAAUUAUUAAUAAGAAUCAAUCAUGUGGACCCUGCAUAACACUUGCUUGUGUGAGGAGCACCAGUCCCACCAUAAACACCUGUCUGUAGACAAGUUUUCUUACUGAGAUAGGUGUUGCUUCUCUAUAAACGUUUUAUACUGCAUCCACAUGAAGUUGGCAUCAAAAUGCCAGCCCAUAGCACAGUAUGUUGUUUUGAACCUUGUAAGCUCAAAUCAACUAUUGUAAAGCAGACAUCACAGAUGGGGCUUUCAUGUCAUCUAAUACCCCACUGAACAAAGCAUCACACUGUAGGCACAUCAGAAAUGCAACUUAAAACGAUCAAGUUAUUACAUGGUAGACUUUGAAGGUUAGGAGGGAGGCUGUUCUCUCUUGGUGGUCCUUUUCUCCUCUGAGUCUUCCACAACCAAAGACCGGAUAUUAAGACAGGUUGGGCUAGUAUCCCGAGGAGUGUUUAGUGGUGAAGUUCUGAUUGCAUAGUUCCUUAUUCUGGGAUUGUGGGAGUGGGGGUGAAGCAACUUCUAGCCCAGUUUGGCUGGUGACUCUGCUGAGUUUUCCCCAUCCUCGAAGCUAUAGUCACUUUAAACAAGAGGAUCAUGCUCUCUGCUUUGCAGUCAUAUCUGACGUGCUGAACAUUGUCUGAUCCAGAUUUAAUGUGGGAGGAUAAUACAUUGGUUGUUGUUUGGAGGAGAGUGUUGCCUUAUGGCCCUAUAAUACAAUAAAAUUGAGGCAAGCUGCUUGAGUGGGAGGGUCUCUUUGUUCAGGGCAUAUAAUUUUGUGUUUUGUGUCUAAAUAGCAUUAAUUCUGCUGCUCUUAGGUAUGCCUCAUUGGGACGUCUAGAACAUAUCUAGCAACGCAAGGUGCUGUACUUGAUGAACAGCGAGCACAGUAUAUCAGUCGGCGCCAGUCAAACUUCAUGGUAGCACCAGAUCAUCAAACAGAUGGAUUUCAUCAAGAUGACAGCCUCCCAGCUGCAAGCGAUGUCACCAUCUGCGCAGCAGCAGAUACAAAAGUAUCCCAAAAGACAGAUGUGGGGAAAGUCCUAAUAUCUGGAUUUCUGCCCAGGGGAAAAGAACAAGUGAGAAACUGUACUACUCUCCCCCAGGAUUUGGUAGACAAAGUGGUUUUGAAGGUAGCAAAAUUACUGUUAAAGGAAACCAAAGGGAGUACGCUUGAAAUGUCCAACGCGUGGAAUCGAGGAGGUGAGAUUUUCGCUUCAUAUAUUAUUUUAAAAUGGAAGUUUCCUAUAAAUUGAAAUUGUCUAUUAUAUUUGAAUUCACAAACCUCAUCUGAAGGAUGUUAAAAAGCAUUCUGGGUAAUCACGCUGAAUUCAUCAUCAGACAGAACUGUAAAUUGCAGGCACCCAUUGUUUUCCAGCAACUCUUAAAUAUUAUGGAGUUUCUGGAAUGGAAAAAGUUGACAUCCAGCAAGUCAUAAAAUAUAUUGUGUUAUAAUGGCACAGUAAAGGCUUGACACAGACAGCAUGCCUGGAAAGAAAUUAUUCUUUAGAUACAGCCCUUUAUUAGCAAGAGAUUUCUAGGCUUCUCUUGGGCCAUAAGCCCUCCUUGGGUGCACCCAAAUAAUGGUAGAAUUGCUAAUGUUUUGGGGAGAGGGUAUUUCUUGGAGAUAGGGGAGAAACCAAGAGUGGAUUUUUGUAGAUGAUAAAUGUGUAUAAUUCUAGUAGAGGAGAUGGGGUCAUGCUUCAUUUCCAGAAGGAGGGGCUGGGGGCCGUGCCUGAGUAAUAUGUCUGGUGGUGAGCCUGGAUUCUUGAUUUUAAAUGUAUGUGGGUGGAUAAGUUGUAAUUCUUAGCAGUGUGUGAAAUGCAUUAUUCACAUGCUCAUAAGCAGUUCUUCCUCUUAUAUUCUAGGACUUAGCCCAAGUAUCGUAAACAGAUUUUAGGAUUCAUCCCUGGGAAGCUCAGCAAUAAAUAGUACUCCGUCCAAGGCUUUGUUUUGUCUGUUUUCAACUUCUUGUUUUUGUACUGAAUAAAUGUGAGCAUACAGCAGAGAGAAAGUUUUUGGAGAUCUUGCCUCAGUUGGUUGAGAUGUAACCAAAAAAUAAUGGUUUGGUGCUGUGUGGACAAGCCUUGUGCUCCGACUUCCCCUCUUACACCUGACCUAAUUUUCUGUUAGUCCAGUUCAGAUUCAAUGGUCUGUUCACACUAUAGAUUACCCACUUAGGAUGCAACUUUAACUAUAGUUACCUAGUGGUUCCAAGAUAAGGAAGCCUUUAGUCCUGGCAUGUACCACUCCUUGGUUGGCAGGCUGGAUCCUCUAGCAAGAACAUCUCCAUGGAGGGGUGUCCAUCAGCUUCAGGAGCAGCCCUCCUUGGUUAGGAGCAGCAGGGCUCUAGCAUCAUUCAUAUCACAUUGUUUGAAUUAUACUGAGCUUUUGCUUUUCUGAGAGAAAGACACAUUUAUAGGGACUCAGACGAUCAUUUUAUUGCACCGCAGCCCUGAAGUUCUUGGCUCCCCACACUCAGUUUUGCCCUUUCUCCCUCAGAGCUGGAAAGCAACUGGUGCUGAACUAAAGUGUUACUAUUCUUUUCUCUCUGCUUCCAGCAGAAGAGAGGUAAAAGGACUGCUUGGUUGCAGAAACCACAGUCUGUCACUUGGCCAGAUCCCCUGCUGUUCUUCACACAAGCGGCCAUCAGUUUGUCUUGGAGGCACCAUUGCUCUCCUCAACAACUAGAGAACACAGAUGCCAAGAAAGCAGUGAGAAGUGUUACGAGUGAUAUCCCCAAGAAGUUUGAUGUGUAUUCUCCUGCUUUCUUUGCUUUAUAAACACCAACAUGGUUACCAGCAGUGAGAUCACCACUUUCCCUGCAGUGAAGGUACCUUGGGAAAGGAUGGUAGAUCUCAGUUUCUCCUCUCUUUAGCAACAUCCCUUCAGUCCUCAGCUUCAAAAGGGGAAGUGUAGCAAGAGCCAGACAGCAGCCCUGAGGGCUGGCGGAUCAAGUAUCAACAAAAAAGGAGGAAGAUGGCACCUCUGGGUCUCCCUUCUUCUCCUGAGUAAGCAGCUCCCCCUUCGCAUUCUGAACACUGGGUUGUAAUUCAGUAUGAGUAAACAACAGAGUUGAGGGUGCAUUCUUUUUUAAAAUCAAUAGAGAAAUUAAUCCAAUAGGCAACAUAAAAAGGCUUUUGGGUAGAACAGACAGAAACUUAAUGAGAAACUCAUGUCUCCUAUCUGUCAUGAUAUCUGUAAUCACAGGAUGCUCAGCUGGUAACUUUGACCAGAGCAUCCUCUUAACAAUGUUACACAAUAACUCCUGAAAAGGCAGUAACCUCACAAGUACACGAUGUACUUGGGAGGUUACGGUCCUCUAUCAGGAUACAUAGUGGAACAAUGUUAAGAGGAUGUCUAACUGGCCAUGGCAUCCUUUAUUACGUUCAUGACAGAUAGGAGAUAGGAGACAUAAGUGGCAAAUGAGAAUCUAUCAUGUUCCACUUGAAAGCCUUUUAUGGUAACAUUUGUUUUCAACUGAAAUAAAUGGGGCCUAUUGGAGAACUGUAGAGUUGAAAGGGACGUCGAGGGCCAUCUAGUCCACUCCCUGCCAUGCAGGAAUCUCAGCUAAAGUAUCCAUGACAGAUGACCAUCCAACCUCUGCUUAAAAACCUCCAAGGAAGGAGAGUCCACAAUUUCCCAAGGGAGGCCAAUUUCCCGAGCUGAGCAGCUCUUACUGUCAGAAAGUUCUUCUGCAUGUUAUUCAGAACCAUUUUUCUUGUAACUUGAAUCCAUUGGUUGGGUCCUAGGCUUCAAAGCAGGAGAAAAUAAGCUUGUUCCAUCUUCCACGUGACAGCCCUUGAGAUAUUUGAAGUAGGCUGUCAUAACUCCUCUCAGUCUCCUUUUUUCCAGGCUAAACAUACCCAACUCCCUCAACCAUUCUUCAUCAGUCUUGCUUUCCAGACCCUUGGUCCUCUUGGUUCCUCUUGGUUCCCCUCCUAUGCACAGGUUCCAGCUUGCCAAUAUUCUUCUUAAAUUGUGGCGCCCAGAACUGGACACAGUACUUCAGUUGUGGUCUGACCAAGGCAGAAGAAAGUAGUACCAUUGCUUCCCUUGAUCGGGACUCUAUUCUUCUAUUGAUGUAGUCUAGAAUAACAUUAGCCAGUGGUUUUAUUUCCAAUAUUUUCCUCUCUCUCCCUGGGCCAUGAUCUUCAACAGGAAGGAUGAAAAACCACCUGUGCCCCAAGGCCCUUCAGCUUCCUGCCCAGAGUUUCAUAGUCCCUUGCCAUGUGUCAAAGGCUCUGUCUGGCACUUGUCUGGCACUUGUACCCACGUGAAUCAGAAGGAAGGCGUUGCAGUCAGAAGGCUUUAUAAAACUUGGCAACUUUUCUGUCACAUUGUGAAUCUUUGCACCUGGAAGACAGCACACCUCCCGGGACAUCCUGUUGACUCCUCACACUGCUGCCUCUGUCCCUCUCAGUAGUGAGUCACUUAUCAAAACCCCACGUCUCUUCCUCCUCUGGGGUGUGGCAAGAAUUGUUCUGUGCACUGUACCUUCCACAGCCACCUGUUUUCGGUGGUCUGCAACUGCUGUUCUUGCUCCUCUGGCCCAGAAUCAGUGACCGAGGUAAGGGCAUGGAAUCAAUUUUGCAGCUCCAGUGACACAGCAUGGCUCCUGACAGUUCUGCUUCUGUGUGUCAGGCUCCUCCAGAGGGUCGACUCCCCCAUUGAGUGAUCUUCUUCCUCCCCUAGGGGUGCCCCGCCUACGUCUCUGUUCCACUCUGGUCUAGUGAGAAAUUCCUCAUGUGGAUAGUUGGGCCUCAAGUUGCUGUACCUUCUCUUCCAGCAAGGCAACCAACUUGCACUUGCUGCAGGUGUACCUUUGCACAUUCCUAGGCAGGAAGACAAACAUGGCACAGGUGUUGCCCAUCACUUCAGCAGCUCCUUCGCCAUCCAUGUCUCUUGGUCCUACAUACACCAUGAGACAGCACUCCAGGCUCUGCUUCCAGAGACUGCAAUAAGCUAAACAGAAUAGCUGCUGGCUGCUAAUGCCUCUGUCAGCUCACCUGCAUUCAAUUGAUGGUUGUAGGUUUCCUAUAAUACCAAACUGGUCACAUGGUAAGUUUAAUGGUAGAUUAAUAGCAAACCAAUUUGUUAGUUUUACCUCUUUGUUCUUGACGUGUUUCUCAUAAUACUUGCAUACAUAAUACCCUGUAGAACAAAUUUCAAGGAAGUCCUCCAUUGCCUUGUAAUCCAAAGGUCACAAGGCAGAGCAAGAUUUCCUCAGCACUAUUACCAUCUGGCAGCACCCAUCCAGAAAUGACCAGAACCACUGUAAGCCCUCUAAGCCCAACGAUGAUAGGCAAUCCAGAAGGAUACCAUGACUGAUGGUCUUGAAAGUCUCCAAAGGGUCUAGAAGAACUAACUCUUCCUCUCUUUGCCCUCUCCUUGCAUCCAUUCUAUGACAUAAGUCAUCCACCGCAGCAGUCAAGGCCAUUUCUCUUUCAGACGUAGGCCUCAAGCUGAUCAAAAUAAUCAGCAGCAUGAAAAGUUUAUGGUGUUACAAAGUCAAAACCCACACCAAUACCUUGCUGAAGAAUGACCAAUGGCACAAGAUCUGAAUUUAGCCUUUUUUAAGGAGUGGCUUCACAACUACCAUCUUAAAGCCCCAAAACCAAAGUCCAGACUUCCACUCUUGAUUUUGCUGAUUCAACCAGACAAGGUGGGCAGGGAGCCAGCAAACAGGUGGCAGGGCUUCAAGAAAACUGCUAGAUAUAAUGUUGGUCCUGUCUACCUGUGACUCUUAUCAUAACCAUAGUGUCAAGGUCAUCAUGGGUGUGAGCGAAUUUAUCUGGGAAAUGCUUAGCAAAAUGGUCACAGCAAUUCUUUGAAAGCUUCAGGUGGUACUCAGAAGAUUCUUUACCACUUUCAAAAGUUGUGCUGGGUAACACUUCCAGGUGACAAAAUAGUAAAACCUCUUAACCGCCAUCACUGUAUUGCCAUUAUAUAACUGGGCAACAUGUUCUCGCUGUGCACAUCAACUUUACCAAUGCAACACACAUUCCAUCCUGAAGUGAAACAUUUUCAUUGAAACCUUAGACAGGAUACAUUCACAGGGAUAGAUUUGAUGCUUCACCACCAGCUAUAUCUCUUUUCUCCAUAUACCACUUUCUGUAGUCAGCAUGCAAGAUGAGGCCACAGACAGUGUUAUUAUACUGCACAGGGAGUUUUGAAUACCCUUUUUUUGGUCAAAGCUCAGCAUCCUGUCAUCACUUGCACAAUAAGCAUAGUGGUCCACAGACAGUUGUAUAGAAAGAAGUGGAUUGUUUAAUGUUGAUAUACAUCGUAGCAGCUUAGGCACGUGAAUUUGGAAGUUCUGCAACCAUCAAAAUUAUAAUAAGUACGUAUGAAAAUUACAGAAAGUAGAUUCCUUCAAAUGGCAGUAGUAGCUACAUUGCUCUGUAUUGGUCAGAGCUCUUGUCUUAUACAGGAUGAUAACUUAGUUAAUGGAUGCACAACCUCCAAUUCUGAGUGCACAAACCUUGUGUCUGAGGAACAACUGACCUCUUAAAAGAGCAACUUACUGCUUAAAAGUAGUAGCUAAAUAUGCUGGUGCACACAUGGCCAGUGAGAGCAUCUUCCUUUAGUGCCUCUUACAGCAAAAUGAAGCAUGCCGACUGGAGGCACAGGGUGUAAUUUGUUCUAUUUGCCUACAUAGACAAGGGUAUUUUCCAUAGCACUCUUAAGCGUAGUGGCCUGCUGUUCUCAGAAGCUCAGAACUGAAAAUAUUGCUGAGGGUUAGCAGUUACUUUACAUAAAUAUAUUGUUUUCUGCAGAGAGUCUCCCCCUGAGUGAAAUUGCAGAACAUUUGGACAAGGACACUUUAAAAAGGCUGAAGAAUGAGUAUGGAGGCCUCCAGACCUUACUUAGAAACAAUCAUCAAGUGUUUGAAGGUAAGGACAAGGUUUGUUCGGUGACUGGUAGUCUCUUGUAUGUUGGUUUAAGUAUGUGGAAGAUGAACGAUCUUAGUCUAAGAACUGCUUUGCCUCUGUCACAAGCAUGUUGGGUAUUGGAUUCAAAUGAACAGAGGCGUAGCUGGGGGGGGCGGGGGGCACUUACUGUCCCUGAGCCAUGCGUCUCUUCUGGGAGUGACGCGGUGGCUCGGGUGCCUGUAGGCUCCAUGCUACUCAAAAAAGCAGUGCAGGCCUGCAGGGCACCAGAGUGGAACGGGGCUCGGGCACCGGGAUUCUGGCAUGUGGGUGCCUCGUCCCAGGUGCCCAAGUGGCUAGCUAUGCCGCUGAACAGGAGUGUAGGCUUCCUAGGAGUCCUGAAGCUGUAAACUUGGUCUUGGUUCCACAUCAUAUCUGCUCCUUUCUAGCUAUGGCUUAAUAAUAAUUUUAUUAUUUAUACCCUGCCCAUCUGGCUGGGUUUCCCCAGCCACUCUGGGCGGCUCUCAACAGAAUAUUAAAAACAUGAUAAAACAUCAAACAUUAAAAACGUCCCUAAACAGGGCUGCCUUCAGAUGUCUUCUAAAAGUCAGGUGUUUAUUUCCUUGACAUCUGAUGUGAGGGCGUUCCACAGGGCGGGUGCCACCACCGAGAAGGCACUCUGCCAAGUUCCUGAAACUUCACUUCUCGCAGUGAGGGUAGCGCCAGAAGGCCCUCGGUGCUGGACCUCAGUGUCCGGGUAGAACGAUGGGGGUGGAGACGCUCCUUCAGGUAUACUGGACUGAGUCCGUUUAGGGCUUUAAAGGUCAGCACCAACACUUUCUGGUUGAUAAUUAUACCUUCACAAGCUUAUGGGAGAGGAUUGUGGAUCAUGGCAGGAAUGAAGUAAAUUUACCUUGGAAACUUAGCUUAACAGAUCCAGGCAGGCUGCAGUAAUUUAGUCAAGAUACAACUUGAGAAGAUAAGUCUUUAUGGUACAGGAUAGGUGUUCUUUGUUUAGAUAAUAUGCUUUUUCAGUGCUGAUGCCUAGCAGAAAAUAUUUUUCUAAUUUGAUGCAUCAGUAUGUAGGUAAUAUCAAAUUUGCCUUUUUUAAUUGUAAUACUGUACUUCAUUAAGUAUUUGUUUACUUCCCCUCCAAGGCAUCUCACAAAUUAGCUAGAAAAUAUAUAGUAAAAAUAUUUUAGGAUGCAUUGUAUUCUCUUUCUCUCUCUCUUUUAUUUUAAAAAACCAAUGUUUAGAAAAGUAAAGUAUUUUUAGUAGCAAUUAACAUUUCUUGAUAAUGCAGGAGAGUAUUCUAUUUACAAUAAUUCCUCGAUAGAUUAGAGGGGCCUGUCUGUCACUCAUCCUGAGAGAUAGCAACUCCCAGUUUAGUUCUGUUUUCUGAUUGGAAGGGCAGAGUGUUCCAGGAUUUCCCCCUGCCUCCUUCCUCUUAAUGUGGAAUAACAGAAUUACCAGCUCACUGGAAUAUUCCCUUUACAGUGGUACCUCGGGUUACAUAUGCUUCAGGUUACAGACUCUGCUAACCCAGAAAUAGUGCUUCAGGUUAAGAACUUUGCUUCAGGAUGAGAACAGAAAACAUGCUCCGGCGGCGCGGCAGCAGCAGGAGGCCCCAUUAGCUAAAGUGGUGUUUCAGGUUAAGAACAGUUUCAGGAUAAAAAUGGACCUCCGGAACGAAUUACCGUAUUUUUCGCCCUAUAGGACGCACUGGCCCAUAGGAAAUAAAGGGGGGGGGAAUAAAGAAAAAAAUCUCCCCCCCCCAGCCGCGGGAACUCCCGCAGGGCUCCCUAGGCUGCGGAUAUCUGCCCGAAGCGUGGGGUGCUCUGCUUCAGUGCACCCUGCACUCUGGGCAAGCAGGCUGCGGAUAGCUUCCCGAAGCAUGGGGCGCUCUGAUUCAGUGUGCCCCGCGCUCUGGGCAAGCAGGCUUCUAUCCGCAGCCUAGGGAGCCCUGUGGGAACUCCAGCGGGCUCCCCAGGCUUACGAAUAGCUUCCCGAAGCACGGGGUGCUCUGCUUCAGUGCGCCCCGCGCUCCGGGCAAGCAGGCUGCGGAUAGCUUCCCGAAGCGCGGGGCGCUCUGCUUCAGUGUGCCCCGCGCUCCGGGCAAGCAGGCUGCUAUCCGCAGCCUAGGGAGCCCUGCGGGAACUCCAGCGGGCUCCCCAGGCUUACGGAUAGCUUCCUGAAGCCUGGAGGAGAGAGGGGUCGGUGCGCGCCGACCCGUUUCGCUCUCCAAGCUUCAGCGAAAGCCUGUAUUCGCCCCAUAGGACGCACACAGAUUUCCCCUUCAUUUUUGGAGGGGAAAAAGUGCGCCCUAUAGGGCGAAAAAUAAAAGUACUUAACCCGAGGUACCACUGUAUAUAGCUUAUACUUUCUUAUGUGUGGGCUGAAACUGGGUAAUGGUGAAUUAAGAGCACUGCAAGCACUACAGGGACACAAGGGUAGUCUCUCCAGGAUUUCAAACAGGCAUAUUUUCCAGCCCUGCCUGGAGAUAAAAGGGAUUGAACUUGUGGCCUUUUGGCAUGCAAAACAUUCUGUACCACCGAGCAGUUUAUGUUAAGUAUGAUCAUGCACAAGGGAAGUUUCCCCCAGCUCCUUUAAAAAAACAAAACAAAAGCUGAGCAUUUGAAUUCCGCUUGAGAUGUAUUACAGAAAUUGAGUUCAUGUUGAAGGCACAAAUUCUUUGAAUUUUUUUUUUUUAAAUCUUUCCCCUGAUCUUUUAUUAGCAGAUUGUUGGUACCUGUAACCCAUUUGAGUUCUUCUAUAUUACCAUUCAUAUGCUUGCAGAUGUAAUGUAGUUUUUUCCAUCCAAAUAUAUAUUUAUAUUUUACAUGCCGGCCUCAUUCACGUGUAUUGCCAAGCCAAAUGAUGCCCGUUUUGCUUUUCCCCCAGCUAAGCUAAGGGUUGUGGCACCUCAGAGACUAGCAAAUCUCACAUGCAUAUUUGUCGUGUUUAAAUUUACUCACCCAAAUUUCUUGUUCUUAUUCUGGCACUAAUUCUUGUAACCCUUUGUUAAUAUUUGGGUCUGUGUGUUUCUCCUUUCCCUCCCCACCCUUUAAUUUCAGUUCUAAAUGGGAAAGUUCAUAUUCGUGACUGGCGAGAAUGGAAACCACCAAGGAAGAACAAGCCUGGCAAGCAGCUUAAGCAAAGACUUCCUUCUAAAGCAAUCAAAACGCGCCUGUGUUGGUUUCACAUCCAUCAUCCUCAGGGCUGUCCGUUGUCUUCUGAACUCUGUUGUUAUGCUCACGGUAGUGAGGAGUUGAAGCCAUCUCUGAAAACAGUGACAAACGAUAAAGGAUUUGGGAGUUAAACUUAUGCUACUUGGAUGGAUUUCUGAUGGAAUUUCAUGUACAUCGAUUGUACAGUGGUGACAUUUAUGUUUUGUUCCACUUUAUGCCUGCUCUUCUCUGAGAAUCCCCUCUGUGGUAAGAGAAUAAAGGUUUUUAAAUCUCUUCUUGGCGGGAUCCAUAGUUGGAUGGUCGAUGUGCUUUCCUAACAAUACGAAAGUCCAUUGGUCUGUUGAAUUUCAACCUUGAUAGUCUUCUGAAUUCUCUGAAUAACUCAGAGGUUAUAGUUUAUAGUGUUCAUUUUGUUUCAAUCAUAUCUCAGAACAACCUUGAGCCAAAUCUGCCUCUGAAAUUGCAUAUCUGAUGGGCAAAUGUCACUGUAUGACUUUGCACUGCCAGUUGUCUUUGCGCUGUCUCAAACACAUCCAGGCACAUAUUCUUUUUACAUGUUUGGUGUAAUGCAAAGAGCACAGAAUUAAUCAUUUUUGUUUCUGUGAAAGAGGAAGGGGAGAAGAGUUUUUAUAUAUAAGCUCUGAAGAUGUGUCAGUGCUAGGGAGGCACAGAUCUGAGCUUUCCUGAGCUAUGUCCUGUAAUUUCCUUUUGGACAUAUGCACCCCUUUGUUAUCCUGCCCUGAUUUCCAUUUAAACAAGGUGAGCUAACUUGUUUUGGGCAGAGGACCACAUUCACCCAAGAAACACCUACCUGCUGUGGGUUUGCACAUUAAAGUAGCUGGGGGUGGGAAACCUUUUUAAUAAACUGACAAAAUGGGGGAGGGGACUUGGGGUCAGCACUAUACUUUGACAAUUCUAAACCUCACAC